ACCCUCCCGGGAGGAGCCGCCGGCCCUGGGCUCUCCAAAUUCUGAGCUCUCAUCAUGGCGGCGGCGGCCGCGGCGGCCGUCGGGGGGCCGCAGCCGCCCCAACCCGAGCUGCCCGCGCCCGGGCUGGCCCUGGACAAGGCGGCCACCGCGGCGCACCUGAAGGCGGCCCUUAGCCGGCCGGACAACAGGGCAGGUGCUGAGGAGCUACAAGCGCUGCUGGAGCGAGUCCUGAGCGCCGAGCGGCCGCUGGCCGCGGCUGCGGACGGCGAGGAGGCGGCGGCAGCCGGCGGCGGGGGCGGUCCGGGGGCGGCCGAGGAGGAGGCCCUGGAGUGGUGUAAGUGCCUUCUGGCGGGCGGCGGAGGCUACGACGAGUUCUGCGCAGCAGUGCGGGCCUACGACCCCGCGGCGCUCUGCGGCCUGGUCUGGACAGCCAACUUCGUGGCCUACCGCUGCCGGACGUGCGGCAUCUCCCCCUGCAUGUCGCUGUGCGCCGAGUGCUUCCACCAGGGCGACCACACCGGACACGACUUCAACAUGUUUCGCAGCCAGGCUGGGGGUGCCUGUGACUGCGGGGACAGCAACGUGAUGCGGGAGAGUGGGUUUUGCAAAAGGCAUCAAAUUAAAUCAAGUUCAAAUAUUCCCUGUGUCCCCAAAGACUUACUGAUGAUGUCUGAAUUUGUUCUUCCAAGAUUUAUUUUUUGUCUUAUUCAGUACUUAAGAGAAGGCUAUAAUGAACCAGCAGCCGAUGUACCAUCAGAAAAAGACCUUAACAAAGUUCUUCAGCUUUUGGAACCUCAAAUUUCCUUUUUAGAAGAUCUAACUAAAAUGGGAGGAGCGAUGCGGUCUGUUCUUACUCAGGUUUUGACAAACCAACAAAACUAUAAAGAUCUGACUUCUGGUCUUGGAGAAAAUGCUUGUGCAAAGAAAAGUCAUGAAAAGUACCUUAUAGCUCUGAAGAGCUCUGGACUUACCUAUCCUGAGGAUAAACUUGUAUACGGUCUACAGGAACCAUCAGCUGGCACUAGCACUCUGGCAGUGCAAGGUUUUGCGGGUGCAACAGGAACUUUGGGACAACUAGAUUCUUCAGAUGAGGAGGAUCAAGAUGGGAGUCAAGGUCUGGGCAAGAGAAAGAGGGUCAAACUAAGCAGUAGCACCAAAGAUCAAUCUAUAAUGGAUGUUUUGAAACAUAAAAGUUUUCUAGAAGAACUGUUGUUUUGGACUAUAAAGUAUGAAUUCCCUCAGAAGAUGGUAACUUUCUUACUCAACAUGCUUCCAGAUCAAGAGUAUAAGGUUGCUUUUACAAAAACUUUUGUUCAGCAUUAUGCUUUCAUUAUGAAAACACUGAAGAAGAGUCAUGAAUCCGACACAAUGUCUAACAGAAUUGUGCAUAUUAGUGUUCAGUUGUUCAGCAAUGAAGAGCUAGCCAGACAGGUGACAGAAGAAUGUCAGCUGCUGGAUAUUAUGGUCACUGUGCUAUUAUACAUGAUGGAAAGUUGCCUUAUUAAAAGUGAGCUACAAGAUGAAGAAAAUAGUUUGCAUGUGGUAGUGAACUGUGGAGAAGCAUUACUGAAGAAUAACACUUAUUGGCCUCUUGUCAGUGAUUUUAUUAAUAUCCUUUCUCAUCAAAGUGUGGCUAAGAGAUUUUUGGAGGACCAUGGUUUGUUAGUGACAUGGAUGAACUUUGUAUCCUUCUUUCAAGGUAUGAACUUAAACAAGCGAGAACUAAAUGAGCAUGUGGAAUUUGAGUCUCAGACCUACUAUGCUGCCUUUGCUGCUGAACUUGAGGCCUGUGCACAGCCAAUGUGGGGGCUCUUAUCACAUUGUAAAGUUAGGGAAACUCAAGAAUACACCCGAAAUGUUGUUAGAUAUUGCCUUGAAGCUCUUCAAGAUUGGUUUGAUGCUAUUAACUUCGUAGAUGAGCCAGCACCUAACCAAGUCACUUUUCAUCUGCCCCUUCAUCGUUACUAUGCUAUGUUUUUGAGUAAGGCUGUGAAAUGUCAAGAACUAGAUUUGGAUUCUGUUUUACCUGAUCAGGAAAUGUUAAUGAAACUAAUGAUUCACCCACUCCAAAUUCAAGCAAGUCUUGCUGAAAUCCACAGCAAUAUGUGGGUAAGAAAUGGUCUACAAAUCAAAGGACAAGCUAUGACCUAUGUCCAGUCUCAUUUCUGUAAUUCCAUGAUUGACCCUGACAUUUACUUACUGCAGGUUUGUGCUUCUAGACUUGACCCAGAUUAUUUUAUUUCAUCUGUCUUUGAAAGAUUUAAGGUAGUGGAUUUGUUGACAAUGGCUUCACAACAUCAAAACACAGUACUUGAUGCAGAGCAUGAGAGAUCGAUGUUAGAAGGCGCUCUUACAUUUCUUGUGAUUCUUUUAAGUCUUCGUUUACAUUUAGGAAUGUCUGAUGAUGAGAUACUCAGGGCAGAGAUGGUAGCCCAGUUGUGCAUGAAUGACAGGACACACAGUUCAUUGAUACAUCAUAUUCCAGAAAAUCCAAAUCCCAAAAGUGGUAUUAUUCCAGGCAGUUACAGCUUUGAAUCAGUUUUAUCAGCUGUAGCUGACUUUAAGGCUCCUGUUUUUGAACCUGGAGGUUCUAUGCAGCAAGGCAUGUAUACUCCUAAAGCUGAAGUCUGGGAUCAGGAGUUUGACCCCGUCAUGGUCAUUCUUCGAACAGUUUACCGUAGAGACGUGCAGUCUGCAAUGGACAGAUAUACAGCAUUUUUAAAACAGAGUGGAAAGUUCCCUGGAAAUCCCUGGCCUCCCUAUAAGAAAAGGACACCACUCCAUCCCAGCUAUAAAGGUCUCAUGAGACUUUUGCACUGUAAAACUUUACACAUUGUGCUAUUCACUCUGCUUUACAAGAUUUUGAUGGAUCAUCAAAAUCUGUCAGAACACGUACUCUGCAUGGUUUUAUAUCUGAUUGAAUUAGGACUUGAAAAUUCAGCUGAAGAGGAAUCAGAUGAAGAGGCAUCAGUGUGUGGACCAGAACGUUGUCAUGACAGUUGGUUUCCUGGCAGUAACUUAGUGUCAAACAUGCGACACUUUAUAAACUAUGUUAGGGUGAGAGUUCCAGAGACUGCUCCUGAAGUGAAGAGGGACUCACCUGCAAGUACCAGCUCUGACAGCCUGAGUUCUUUACAUAGUUCACGAAGGCCUAAAGUUCUUCAGAGAGAGAAUUCUGGUACAGCUCAAGUUUUCAGCUUAGUAGCAGAGCGUAGGAAGAAGUUUCAGGAGAUCAUCAAUCGCAGUAGCAGUGAAGCAAAUCAGGUGGUUCGUCCCAAAACUUCAAAUAAGUGGUCUGCUCCUGGUUCAGCUCCACAGUUAACUACAGCCAUUUUGGAAAUUAAAGAAAGCAUAUUGUCUUUGCUAAUUAAACUUCAUCACAAACUCUCAGGAAAACAAAACUCCUACUAUCCUCCUUGGCUUGAUGACAUAGAAAUUUUAAUCCAACCAGAAAUUCCUAAAUAUAAUCAUGGAGAUGGUAUAACUGCAGUGGAAAGAAUUUUACUAAAAGCUGCAUUGCAAAGCAGAAUGAACAAACGCAUCAUUGAAGAGAUAUGUAGAAAAGUGACGCCUCCUGUACCACCCAAAAAAAUCACUGCAGCAGAGAAGAAAACAUUGGACAAAGAAGAAAGGCGACAAAAGGCUAGAGAGAGGCAGCAGAAAUUGCUUGCAGAGUUUGCUUCACGACAGAAAAGCUUCAUGGAAACUGCAAUGGAUGUUGAUUCUCCUGAGAACGAUAUUCCUAUGGAGAUCGCAACAGCAGAGCCACAAGUUUCUGAGGCAGUAUAUGAUUGUGUUAUUUGUGGACAAAGUGGCCCCUCCUCUGAAGACCGACCUACAGGAUUGGUUGUACUAUUACAAGCAUCCUCAGUUUUGGGGCAGUGCCGUGACAACAUUGAGCCAAAAAAAUUGCCUAUCACUGAGGAGGAGCAGAUUUACCCUUGGGAUACAUGUGCAGCAGUUCAUGAUGUGAGGCUUUCAUUAUUACAGCGUUAUUUUAAAGAUAGUUCUUGUCUAUUGGCAGUAUCAAUUGGCUGGGAAGGAGGUGUUUAUGUACAGACCUGUGGCCACACGUUACAUAUAGAUUGUCAUAAAUCUUACAUGGAAUCAUUACGGAAUGACCAGGUUCUUCAGGGCUUCUCAGUGGACAAAGGAGAAUUCACGUGUCCUCUCUGCAGGCAAUUUGCUAACAGUGUUCUUCCUUGUUAUCCUGGAAGUAAUGUGGAAAGUAACCUUUGGCAACGUCCUAGUAACAAAAGCAUACAAGACCUCAUAAAGGAAGUGGAGGAGCUGCAGGGACGGCCGGGAGCUUUCCCAGUAAGCAUCAGUUCAGAAACCAACUUAAGUAAAGAAAUGGAAUCUGUUAUGAAAGAUAUCAAAAAUACCACUCAGAAAAAAUAUAGAGACUAUAGCAAGACGCCAGGCUCACCAGACAAUGAUUUUCUCUUUAUGUAUUCUGUUGCUAGAACCAAUUUGGAACUUGAAUUAAUUCAUCGGGGAGGCAAUUUGUGUUCAGGUGGUGCAAGCACAGCUGGCAAAAGGUCUUGUUUAAAUCAACUGUUCCAUGUAUUAGCCUUGCACAUGCGGCUUUAUAGCAUUGAUUCUGAAUAUAAUCCCUGGAGAAAGCUUACACAAUUAGUAGAAGAGAUGAAUUCACAGCAGGGAAAUGAAGAACAACAGCCUGAGGUUCCAAUUCUUUAUCAUGAUGUUACAUCCCUUUUGCUCAUCCAGAUCUUAAUGAUGCCACAACCCUUACGCAAAGACCACUUCACCUGCAUUGUGAAGGUGCUUUUCACCCUACUAUACACACAAGCUCUUGUGGCACUUUCAGUUAAAUGCAAUGAGGAAGAUAGGUUAGCCUGGAAACACACGGGAGCUCUCAAAAAGAAUGCAUGUGAUGCAGAAAAGUCUUAUGAAGUGUUACUGAGCUUUGUGAUAAGUGAACUGUCUAAAGGAAAGUUAUACCAUGAAGAAGGAACUCAGGAGUGUGCAAUGGUUAGCCCUAUUGCUUGGUCUCCUGAAUCCAUGGAAAAAUACUUACAGGACUUCUGCUUACCUUUCCUCAGAAUCACCAGCCUUCUUCAGCACCACCUUUUUGGGGAAGAUUUACCUAGCUGCCAGGAAGAAGAAGAAUUUUCAGUUCUUUCCAGCUGCCUGGGACUUCUGCCAACGUUUUACCAAACAGAACAUCCAUUCAUCAGUGCCUCCUGUCUGGAUUGGCCAGUUCCAGCAUUUGAUAUUAUAUCUCAGUGGUGUUUUGAGAUAAAUUCAUUUACUGAAAGACAUGCGGAACAAGGAAAGGCCUUGCUUAUCCAAGAGUCAAGAUGGAAAUUACCACACCUGCUCCAGUUGCCUGAGAAUUAUAACACCAUUUUUCAGUACUACCACAGAAAGACCUGUAGUGUCUGCACCAAAGUUCCUAAAGAUCCUGCUGUUUGCCUUGUUUGUGGUACUUUUGUAUGCCUGAAAGGACUUUGCUGCAAGCAACAGAGUUACUGUGAAUGUGUAUUGCAUUCUCAGAACUGUGGUGCUGGAACAGGGAUUUUCCUUUUAAUCAAUGCAUCAGUGAUUAUCAUCAUUCGAGGCCACCGCUUCUGCCUGUGGGGUUCUGUGUAUUUGGAUGCUCACGGAGAAGAAGAUCGGGAUCUUAGGCGAGGCAAGCCUCUCUACAUUUGUAAAGAAAGAUACAAAGUUCUUGAGCAGCAGUGGAUUUCUCAUACUUUUGAUCACAUCAAUAAAAGAUGGGGUCCACAUUACAAUGGGCUGUGAUUCACCACCUCAGCAUUGCAUUAUAUCAUUUUCAUUAAGAAUUUAUCAACAAUAAGCUUUACCUUAGUUUUGGGGAUUAACGCUUUUGCUGAGAGAGAAAAAGAAAACAUAUAUUAUGAAGCCUUUCCAAAAUUAGGUGCUUGGUAAUGACAUUAAUGGUAUAAUAAACUUUUUUUUAAGUAUCUGGAGAACAUAACAAAUAACAAGUUAAAUCAUUCUUUAAUGGUCCUUUUUUUUUUAAGUCCACAAUUAAUAAUAAGCACAACUUGUUGACAAAAUCAUUUAAAAAUUAUUCUCCCAGCAAUGCAUAUCAGCUAUUCAUUGAUACUUAGAGUGGGUGUGAUUUAUUUAAAGUUUUACUGCUUCUUUAUAUCUGUGUGUUUUAAUUUGCAUCUGCUAAACACAGUGCAUCUUUUCCCUCUGCCAUUCUUGUGUUGAUUUGAGAUUUUUGCUGUAUGUAACUAGAAAAAAAAAUGUAAAACAUGAUUUAUGUGAAAUACUGUAUAGUAAAAGUUGGUCUAAUAGUAGGACUUUAAAAUUUUUUCUUAUUGUGAGGAAUCUGUUAAAAGUUUAAGGCUUUGCUGAAAACUUAAUUCAUUCUCAGGAAUUUCAUAAAUAUUCUCCCCAGGUAAAUAAUUGAAAUAGUUGUAAAAUAAGUAGAUAGCUGCUGUUAAUAUAAUACAGUACAUUUUGGGGGACAUAUGUGUGGUUGGGGGAGGGAGUCGUUAAAAAUCAAAAUUUGCCAUUUCAGUUGGAUGAAUUACUUGAGGUAUUAACAAAUAGAUUUUGGUGUAAAAUCGAAAGUUUUAAGAGCAUACACAUGGCAGAUUUUGAUUUUGUGCAUGCCCCCCUUUUAUUACCAACCAAGUUUUUGUUUAAAUGAUUGAAUUGGAAAUGCUCAGACUUACCCACAAAUGAAGCUUAGUUUUGGAACUUCCCUAUCAUCUCGAGAGGUUCAUCUAUAUUGUAUUUGUGCAGCGUAAUCACUGCUAUUUCUGCUUGGUUUCCCAAAAGGAAAAGAAGAGGCUCAGUGGUGAUGACCCUCAUGAAUGAGCCGCAUCUGCAUUCUUCUUAGAAGCUGCUGCGAAAAGCAAUUUAUGUUUGUCGGGGUUUUAAUCAGUAAGAAUGGGAAUGAUUGAGCUAAAACCCACUCUAUAAAUAGAGAAGGAAGAUUACAGAAAAGCAUGUUAUAUAUUGCUAACAAGAUUUUUCUUCCAAAUUAUUUAGUAAUUUGAUGACUAUUUAAUAUAUAGUGCUAUCAAGCAGUUCCUGGUACUUCGGACUUCCAUGGCUUGUUAUAUAAAAUUACAUUUUUACAUGUAAAAAACUAAAAAGCAUCUAAUGAUAAAAUACAAAAAUAAAGUCAGAUCUAUGUUCUAAAAAUUAUCAAAUGACAUGACAUUACAGAAUGUGAAAAUGGACAUUAAAUGAUGGUCUUGCAUUACAAUAGAGCAGAACAGUACAUGUUCAAAUGUGUUCAAGAUGUCAAAAAAUGACCUAUAGCUCUACAAUAAAAUACAUGGAAAUAGCUUGCUAUUUUUAUAUACAUUUCCAAAAUAUUAAGAUAACUUUCUGAAAGAUGAGACUGAUUCUGUUUAACUAAAUAGUUGUCCUUUCCAACACAUUGCUACUUUUUUAAAUACUGUAUCAUAAGUUCAGCCUGUCAUAUUUUUUGCAUCGGUCAUUAUGAAUACCAGACCAUUUGUAAGUGUGGUUGAAGAGCAAAAUGCUAAUUUAAAUCUCUAGUAAAUACUGUUACAGGAUUCAUGAACUUGAAUAAUUCUACAGUUUGAAACUCUGAUGCUAUAUAUACAUGGUAUAAUGUAUUCCGACUUUGAUUACUACAUAUUUAAAAUGGAAUGUUUUAUGGUUGUGCAUAUGGAUGUGAAGUGAAAAUAUUAGCCUUAACAUUAAAAUUUGGGUAUUUGAUAGUGUUUAUUUUGAUAUUGGUGAAUUAGUCACCAGUAAAUUUUUAAAAAGCACUUGGUUGAAAAUUGUACUUGAAUUACAUACAUGCAUGCUGCUAAACUAGAACUUUAAUUUUUUCCCCCAUAACUUUUAUAAGUCCCAUUUAUAAACCCACUUUUAAAAAUAACAGGUCCAAGCUAGAGUGAUGUGUGUAUAUUAUUCAAAAAAAAAAAAAAAUGUACUGGUGUGAUAUCUUGUAUGAAUGAUCAUUUAAAUACAGUACAUUACUGUAGAGGCUAAAUCAAUCUUUAUAAUUAAGCAGAGAUUACAAAACUAGGAAUAAUCAACAUUGUAAGAUAUGUUAAUAAAAACCUACUGUCAUUUGGUUUGUGAAAGGUCCUUAAAAUGUUUAAUUCUUACAUGUUUUUCUUUUUUUCAAAGGUAUUGACAAUAAUAUAUAUAAGUGAGCAUAGUGGAAAAGAUCAAAGCAUAACAUAACUAAUAGUUGCUUUAAGGUAGGGUUAAAUAUAAAGGGUUUGCUUUCCCUUAAUACCUUUUGUUUACAUAGUAGUUCCUAUUUCUUCUGUCCUUGUCUUAAAAUGAAUACAAAGCUCUUGGUAUAAGUGUGUGUGUUUUUGGAAGUAGGAGAGAAGGAAGUGGAUAUGCAGAUCUGAGGAACACUGUGUGGUCCUUGCUGCUUUCUGAAAAUUCCAGCUACACUUCAGAAAUCUGAAGUGCUUUAUGAGUCUGUUUAUUUUGAGUGAUCUGUGGUUGUGCUGGAAUUGACGGUGUUCACCCCUACCCCUCCCACCCUGCAGUUUACCAGGCAGUUAUCAACUAGGAAUCCAUUUGUAUUCACACAUCUUUUUUUCUGUUUUAUGUAUUUGGAUAUUUACUGAUUUGAUUUCUGUGACUUGGAAAAGAUGCUGAUUUGAAAACACUUGAAGACUUAGAGGUGACAGCAGCAUAAGAGGAUAUACAACACAAGAGUCUAUCCCAUCUCCGGAAUUGUAAUGGCUGACUCUCAAGUUCCUGUUGUUGGCUUAUCUUUAAGGGCAUGUUGAACAACAACAAAACAAAACACAACAGGGUUUUAAGCUCUAGAAUCAAAUCACCAAGAUGAGAUACAUUUACUGGGGGUUAUGUAUGACAUGUGAUGGUUGGUGGGAGAGCAGAAGACUUGUGACUGUCUCAGUCCCAUUUAUAGCACAUCGUUCUUUUCCUUUAUGAUCUGGCUGGAUGAGCUGGAGUGGGCAGAAGGAUGGCAACAGGAUCACUUCUUAAGUUGUGACCCUUCAAGCUCUCUUGAUAAUGAGGCAUAUGAAAUACAGAAGAGCUAUUAUCUACCAUUCUGCUGUGCCAUAAUCAAGUAGCAGUGGAGUGAAUGUGACUCCAGCUGAGGCAACACAAUGAAAAGGCAUAAUGGGACCUUAUGUAGAGUUACCAUGUAAAAUGUGGCAAUGCCAAGCCUGAUGCGGCAGAACCCAAAAGCAAGCCAGAGAAGUAGGGUCAAGAGCACAGAUAAAGGCUUCAGGUUAAGAGAAAGGAAAAGAGACAAAGGGAAAGGGAAGAAAGUCUGGAGCAAACUAAGAGGAUUCAUAUCUGAUUCCCUCUUAAGUUAUGACAGAGGAGCAGGAUCAUCUGUUGACAGUGAGCAGGCCUAGUGUAUCUGGGGGCUUGAUUAAGUGGUAAGUGAUUCAUGCAUAUGCUAGGAGAGAAUAGGCUAGAAAUAAGGAGAAGCACCACGAAGUCAUAUUGAGAGCCCAAUAGGGUUAGAGGCCAUAACAUUUGAAUGGACCCAAUUAGAAAGGUUCUAUGACUUUUUAGAGCUCCUGAGAUCAGCAGUCCAGGACCUUAAAGGUACAAGUUAGACUGGGAAUUAGGUGGGUGCAGUAUCAGAUGGUAAGAGAAUUAGGAGUGCUGGUUGGAAUGAGUGUGGGGCCCAUGCUAAGUAAAUUGAGGGGUAUAGGAUUGGAAUUCAUGAUAAGAUUUAAUGAGCAGAUUUAAUGCAAGUUUUCAAAGUUUUCAUUUGGAAUCAGGACAAAUUACUGUUGAAACAUUUGAAUCCAUUCAGUAAAUAUUUAUUGAGCUCCUCUUAUGUGACAGGCAGUGAUGCAUACUGGAAAUACAAUGGAAAAGAAGCCAGAUAACCUAUAAGCUUUUCUCAUAUAGCUUUCUGUGUGAUUAAUGCUACAAAUGCUGUGUGUUGGGGGUGGGGAGGCUGGCAGGGAGGAAAGUGGAGUAUAAGGUACUAUUGUAGGGACCUCUAAACCAGACUUGGGAGUAUGAAGAGGCUUCCAGGGGAUACAGAUGUCUGUGAUGAUCCCAAAUACUGUGUAGGAGAUACCUGGGUGAAAGUGGAGGUGUGGGGAGUAGUGUUUCAGUCAGUUGAAGGGGAUGCCAUUGGCAAAGAUCCAAGGUUGAAAGGGAACUUGUACUUACAGACCUGAAAGGGAAUCGUCGUGACUCGAACAUAGGUACUUUUGAGAGAUGAAUAAAAUCUAAAUUACAAACUGUUUUUAUAAGCCUUCAGAUUUGUGUCUUAGAAAAAUCAAUCUGGCUGCACUGUGGAGAGAGAUCCAGAGUGGGAAGACCUGUUAGAUACCCAUUCAAAGAGCGAAGACAUGAUGGUUGGCUCAGCUAGGUGAGCUGUGGUAGAGACAGAAGUGGAUAGUAUCAGAAGAGACUUGACAGAAUUCAGUAAAGUAAGGGAGAGCAAGGGAUAUUUAUUAAGUGGCUACUAUGUGCCAGAUACUGAGCUAAAUGCUGGGGAUACCACACUGAACAAGGCAGAAGGGGUGUUUGCUUACUAUCUAGUGGAAAACAAUACUAAGUAUGUAAUUACAAGUAAAUAGAUGUUAUCAGCACAUUAGGCAGAAGGCUGUGGGAAUCAGUGGACUCGUGUAUCUUGGGGAGUUCACAGGAGACCACAUGGAGGAAAUGAUGUUUAAGCCGAGACCAAAAAAAGAAAAAAAAAAAAAAAAGGAUAGAUGUCAUUGUAAGACUUUAGGGCAGAUUGUGAUAUUAAAAAAGAGCACUAUGGCCUUAGUUUAGAGCAGAGGUCAGCAAACAUUUUGUAUAAAGGGCCAGAUGGUUUCUGUCUCAACUAUUCAAUUCUGCCAUUGCAAUGCAAACAGCAUCCAUUGACAUGCAUAAGUGAAUGGGCAUAGCUGUGUUCCAACAAAACUUCACUUAUAAAAACAGGGUGCCAGCCACAGUUUGCCAGGAUUAGUUCUGGUGAAGUGGUAGAGGUAGAAGCCAAAGUAUAGCUUCUGGAGGUGAGAAAGCAGAAAAGUGACAAGGAAGUAGAGGAGAAGAACGCAAUUUUCUGACUCUCCCUAGAAUGGCCAGGUCAUACUCCUGCCUGCAGGACAUCUGACCAUGUCUGCAUCAAAACCUACUUUCAGUUAGUUUUUGCUUGUAUCCAGAUGGGAUGGUUUACCAUCUGAAUCUAGGGCUUGAAGUCAGCCAACCUGAGUUUGAAUGACCUCACUGCACCUCAUUAUAUUAGUUAGGAAUGUGCCCUGUUUUUAAACAAAAAACCUGACUAAAACAAUGGCUUGAAGAAGUAAGGGGUUUACUAGUUUCAAGGAAAAGGAAGUCAAAGUAGGCAGACCAGUAAGGGGAAGCUGCACAAAGAAAUAAUUAUGGAUCUAGACCCCUACCUUUUUCCUUUUCUACAUUGUUAGAUUACAGCUUUCAUCCUCAUGGCUACAAAACAGCUGUCAGUCUCCAGGCUGCUGUAAAAACAAAACCAAGAUGGCUGCUAACUUUGUUUUCUAGACAGGAAAAAAGGUCAAAGGCUUCUUCCUAAGGCUUUGUCCAGUGUUCAGCAAGAGAAGCCCUUUCCCAGCACACUUUUACAUAACAUCUCAUUAGUACUAUCAGAUGGCUACUAUUAAAUGCAAAGAAAUCUGGGAAGGUAAGUGUUUUAGCUUUUGAGCCUCUAUGCUAGAGGAAUACAGGGAGGAAAAAAGGGGUUGUGAAUGACUUUUAGAUCACGAAUUCAGUGCCUCCCACACUUGGGUUUCUCAUUUGGACAAUAGAAACAAUAGCUAAUAUGAUUAAAAAACAUAGACACUUCUGACUUCUCUUAAGUUCAGAUUAAAUUAUUCAGACUACAUUAGUUAUCAAUUGCUGUAUAACAAAUUACCAUAAAAUUAAUGCAGUGAAACAGUAUUCAUUACUUCAUAGAUUCUGAGGUUUAGGAAUCCAAGAGUAGCUUAGCUGGGUGUUUCUGCCUCAGAGUCCCUCAUAAGAUUAAGGCCUCAGCCAGGGCAGCUUGGCCGGGGCUGGAGGAUCUGCUUCCAGACUCGCUCCUGUGGCUGUUGACUAGAGACUUAAGUUUCUUGACAUGUGGAACUCUCCCCAUGGCUGAUAACAGCACAGCAGCCGACUUUCUCUAGAACAAGUGACCCAAAAGAAGGAGGAGGAGAGACUGAGAACAUAAAAAAGGCCAAGAUGAAAGCCUCAGUGUCUUACAACCUAAUGGAAGUGGCAUAUGAUCACUUCUGCCACAUACACCAACUCUGGUACAAUGUGGGAGGGAUUUAUGUAAGGGUGUUUAAGUAUCAGGAGGUGGAGAUUAUUCGGGGCCCAUCUUACUGAAGAAAACUUUAAAAGCCAAAUGAGUGGACAGAAGUUGAAGAAGCAACAGUAUGUGUGCUGUCUCAAAGUAGGCCUCCCAAGAUGUUCAUUAACCACAAAGGGUAAGAUAGUAACUUUAUAGUAGAGAAUGGUAGACUCCACUUUAAUGCAGUAAUUAAAGUUACUAUCACCAGGAAUAAAGCUUAUUGACUUGAUGAACCCCUUAAUAUGAUUUACUGAGAAAUAUAUAUUAUUUCUGUAAUAAAAUUGCAAAAAGUACAUAACUUUAAUCAUGUGAAAGCAUCAGACAAACCGAACUAAAGGACAUUAUAAAAAAUAACUUAGCAGUACUCUUCAGAGUGUCAAGGUAAAAGACAAGGAAAGACUGAAAAAUUGUUACAGACUAUAAGGGCCAAAGGAGGAAUAACUAACUGUAAUAUGUGGGAUCUUGGACAAGAUCUUGACACUAAAAACACAUUAAUGAAAAAACUGGUGAAAUUCAAAUUGGAUCUGGAGUUUAGUUAAUAGUAAGUUAAUACUAAUUUCUGAUUUUCAUAAUUUGUCUAUAGUUAUAUGAGUUGUUAACAUUAGAGGAAACAGGAAUAUAUAGGAAAUCUGCACUAUUCAUGUAACUUCUGGAAGUCUAAAAUUUGUUCAAAAUGUAAAGUUUUUAAAAAGACAUAGACUAAGAGAACUUUCCUCAAAUAAAAGAAGACUCAAGUUCAUAUUGAAAGAGCCCACAGAGUACCAGAAAAAUUGACCCUUAAUCAAAUCCAAGACACACCCUAGAACAACACUAGUAGACUAUACAGAUAGAAGUUCUCAGGCCCUACAGAUGCAAAAAGAGAAAAUACCUGAGAAGGACAAGGUAAGUAUGCUGUGUUAGACUUCACAUGCAACAUGUAAAGCAAGGCAACAUGCAAAGCAGAACUUUCAAAAACCCCAAGAAAGAAAGUCACCCAAUCAUUUUCUUUAAGGUCAGGUUGUCCUUUCAAGUACCAACACUGUAAAGAAACCAUUAUAAGCACUCAAAUGUGAGUGUUUCUGAGCAAAUCUACUAAAAGAUUGGCUUCAUCCAACCGCAAGUUGGGAAAACUUCAGCAGAAGAACUGAUGGAGUGAAGGUAGCAAUUCCAGCUCUAGAAAAAGUCUUGGUUAUAGACUGCUAAUGCUUUCCAGUGACUAGCAGAAAGAAAGAACUUCCUCUCUGGAAGAUACCAUCCAAAUUCUAAAGUUAUUUCUAGAAAUAUUUCAAAUAAAGGAACAUGAUGAGAUGAUACACAUAAACCAGAAUCAAUAGAAAAAGAAUAGUAACAGGCCACUGGGAUUCUAGAUAUUAAAAUUGUGAUUUUUUUUUUUUUUUAAUUAGAAAAAGAGCCAAUUAGAAAUUCUGGUACUGAAAAAAACUCAAGGGAGCUGUGUAAUCAUUUGAGACACAGCUAAGGAAAGACUUGGUAGACUGGAUUAUAGGUCAGAAGAGUCUAAAAGAUGGAAAAUAGGUAAGAGAGGUAAAAGUCCUAGAGGACAUCAUGAAAAUGUCAAACAUACUUGAAGUUCCAGAAAGAUAGGAGAGACAGAAUGUGUCAGAGACAAUAUUGAAAGAGAUGACAGGAUUUUCUGCAAGUGAUGAAAGACAUUGAGCCAUAAAUUCAAGAAGUCAGUAGAACCCAAGUAGAAUUAAUAGAAAGGAACCCAUACCUAGACACAUCAUAGUGAAACUGCCAAAAAAUAAAAAUAAAAAAGGGAAGAGAGAAAUAUUAACCGCCUCUCACUGGAAAAAGAAUGAACUACUCUCCAGAUUUCUGAUUUCUGAAUAGUACAUUGGAAACAAGUAGACAGUAGAAAAAUAUCUUCAAAGUGUUGAAAGAAAAUGACUCAAAGAUUCUCUAUACAACAGAAAUAUUCUUCAAGAAUGAAGGCAAAAUAAAGACAUUAAAAUAAAAAUUGAAAGAAUUUAAUAGCAACAGAUCCUUAAGGAAAGAAGGGAAAUCCCCCCCCCCCCCAAAAAAAAAGGUUUUCAGACAAAGAGAAAAUAACCCUGGUGGAAGAUUAAAUUUCAGUAAGAAAUAACAAAAUUUGUGGUAAAUAUGUGAGUAUAACUAAAUGAACAUGUUGCACAAAAUAUAAUGUAUUAUAUGGGAUUUCAAUAUGUAUGUAUGUGAGUGUUUGACAAUGAUAGAAUAUAAGCUGCAGGGAUAAAUGAAAUGUUUCAAAUUUCUUACAUGGUCUCAGAAAAGGGUAAAGGUGAUAUUAGAAGAAAACAGUUAUAAGUCUUUGUGACCUUGGAUUGGGCAAUAGUUUCUUAGAUAUGACACCUAAAGCACAAACUUAAAAAAAAAAGCUCCUCCAAAAAAAAAAAAAAAAAAGAUAAAUUGGGCUCUAUCCAUAUUAAAAACUUCUUUAUCAAAGAACACUAUCAAGAAAGUGGAAACCCACAGAAUGGGAGAGAAAUAUUCAUUAAUCAUAUAUAGAUAAUGCUUAAUAUGCAGAAUAUAUAAAGAACUACAAUGACCAAAAGACAACCCAAUUAAAAAAUGGACAAAGGAUUUGAAUAAACUUUUUCCAAGGAAGAUAACACAAACGGCAUAUAAGCACGUAAGAAGAUGCUCAACGUCAUUAGCCAUUAGGGAAAUACACAUCAAAGCCACAGUAUGAUACUAUUUCAUGCCCACUAGGAUGGCUAUAGUCAAAAGGAUGGACAAUAACAAGUGCUGACACUGUGGAGAGAUUGGAACUCUCAUGCUUUGCUGAUGGGAAUGUAAAAUAAUGUUGCUGUAUUUGACAGUUCCUCAAAAAAUUGAACGUAGAGUUACCACACGACCCAGCAAUUACACUCCUAGGUAUAUACCUAAGAGAACAAAAAAUACAUGGUCCUAUAAAAACUUGCACACAAAUGUUUACAGCAACAUUCUCCACAAUAAACCAAUGAAUGGAUAAACAAAAGGUAGUAUAUCCAUACAAUAGAAUGUUUUUCAACCCCAAAAGGAGUGGAGCAUUAAUCCAUGUUAUAACAUGGAUGAAGCUUGAAAACAUGCUAAGUCAAAGAAGCCAGACACAAAGUCUACAGAAAAAAGCUAGGAUAUCCAGGAUAGGCAAAUCCAUAGGGACAGACAGUAGAUUAAAGAUUGCCAAGGUCCUGGGGGAGGAGGAAAUAGGGAAUGACUGCUAAUACAAAAAGGGUUUCUUUUGGGGGAGAUAACAAUAUUCUGGAAUUAGAUCAUGGUGAUGGUUGUACAACUUUGUGAAUAUAAUAAGAACCACUGAACAAUACGCUUUAAGAAAAUGAAUUUUAUGGUAUGUGAAUUACAUCUCAAUAAAAUCAAGUGCCAAUCAUGUACUCUUAAAGUAUUAAUACACAUUACAAUUUCUCUAGCCCUCAUUUUGAUAAAUCCUGCCAUGUAAUAUGGUGGAAAAAAGUAUAAGCAUUAGAGACAAGCAGAUCUAGAUUCAAAUCCAGCCUACCACUCGCUAGCCAUGUGAUCCUGGGAAAAUUAAUCUCACUGAAAUCACAUUCCUGAUUGGAUGAUAAUGCUUCACUAUAAGGUUGUUAUGAGGAUAGAUAUAAUGUGUAGAAAGAUAUUUGUCAAGAUCCAGAGCAGCUGGAUUCUCUGAAAUAGCAAUCUGAAACCAAAAAAUUAAUAUGUGAAAAAGAUGUCAUAGACUGUUGAUAAUCUCUACAAUAAGCUUAUAAAAUAUUUAGUUCUUUUUAUAAACAUAUGGUGUUUACAUAAUGAAAAAAAGUAGUAGUCUAAACUUGGGAAACCUAGAGAUUCUUUAAAAGAAAAAUAAAGGGCCUGACUUAAACUAAAGUUCCUCAAGGAACAGACUGCUUAAUCAUCUUACCUCUGUGGCUUUUUAUUUCACCUGAUAUAGGGACAUACUCAAUACUUUCUGGUAAAAGAAAUAAGAUUAACAUUAUACCUUGGAAAGUAAAUUUCUAGGGUAAUUUUUAAAAUCUUUAAUAUAGAAUAGAAAGAGGGUAAAACUUCCAAAAUAAUGUGGGAGUAGAGAGUGGAAUAAUAAAAAACAAUCAAAAAUAACAUGAAAGGAGUGAAAAAGAAAUGUAGUCAGUAGAGAGAAAUAUAAUUACAUAAGAAGGUAGUCAUUUGAAUCCAUACUUACAGAAAUUACAUUAAGUGGAAAUAGUCUGAAUUCCUGGUUAAGAAAAAGGUGUGAGCCCAGAUUAAAUAGAAAACCAACAUAUGAUGUUUACAAGAGACCCAUCUGAAAAAACUAUGGCUAUAUUUUGAAAAAGAGUUCUAGAGAUAUACACUGAUGUAUAUAUGAUAAUAAUGACAUAAUGUCUAGGGUUUGCCUUAAAAUAAUCUGAGGUGAGUGUGGGAAAUGGGAAUAUGGGAAUAGAGAUGAAAGAAAGUUGCUUAUGUACUAGUAAUUAUUGAGGCUGGAGGAUGGGUACAUGGGAAUUUUUAUGUUAUUCUCUCAACUUUUACAUGGUUUGAAAUUUUCCAUGACAAAUUAUGACCAAAUUGAGUUUAUCUCUCAAAUAAUAGGAGGAUUGUUUAACAUUAAAAUACCAAUCAAUGUAAUCGGCCACAUUAACAUAUAAAGGAGAAAAUGUUAACAUCAGUAGAUACAAAAAAAAAUCAUGUGACAAAAAUCUAACAUGCAUUCACAGUUAAAAUUAUUAAUAAAUUAGGAAUAGAAGAUAGUUUCCUUAAUCUGAUAAAGGUUACAUACCAAGAAAAAACCUGCAAAGAUCGUAUUUAUGGUGAAACAUUGAAAUGUUUCCCUUUGAGAUUGGCAACAAGAGCAGAUGUCCUGAACUACUAUUUAGUUCAAGAUUGUACUAAUAUCCUAAUAAUGAUUGAAGAGGAAAAAAAUAAAGUCAGUAUUCAACAAUGAUGUGAUUGUGUACACAGAAAAUCCAAAAGAAUCUAUAGAUAAAUUAUUCCAGUUAGAGUUUAGAUAGUUACUAGAAAUAAAAUCAACAUACAAAAAUCAAUUAUUUCUAUUUACCAAAAAAUAAAAUUUUAGAACAUACUAUCUACAAAAGCAUACAAGUAUCAAAUACCUAUAAGGUAAUCUAAUAAGAGAUUUGCAAGACUUCUUUAGAUAAAAUUAUAUUAAUGUGAAAAAUCAAAGGUAAUAAAAAUCUGAACAGACUUACAUGUUAUAAAUUAGUAGACUCAUUAUUAAGAUGUUAUCUUUUUUAAUGUUUUAUUUAUUUUUGAGAGAGACAACACAAGCAGGGGAGGGGCAGAGAGAGAAGGGGACAGAGGAUUCAAAGCAGGCUCUGCACUGACAGGAGUGAGCCCGAUGUGGGGCUUGAACUCACGAACCGGGAGAUCAUGACCUGAGACAAAGUCAGAGGUUCAACCAACUGAGCCACCCAGGCACUCCAAGAUGUUCUUUUUCCUUACAUUGCCAGGCAACCAAAACUCAAAGAUAUGCUGAUUCUAAAUUUUAUAUGGAAAUUCAGAGGUCCAAGUUAAGCCAAGAUAUUCUUACAGAAGAACAAGGUUCUGGACAAGACUUGUUCUAUUUGUUAUCAAGACUUAACAGUAGUUCAAUAAGGAAUUAAGAUAAUAUGUAAUUGAGGGGCACCUGGGUGGCUCAGUUGGUUAAGCAUCCAACUCUUGAUUUUGGCUCAGGUCAUGAUCUUAAAGUUGUGAGUUCAAACCUCACAUAAGGCUGCUGCUCUGCUGACAGUGCAGAGCCUGCUUGGGAUUCUCUCCCUCUCUUCUCUGCACCCCCUUCUCUCAAAAUAAAUAAAAAACAUUUUAAAAAAUCUUUAAGAUUCUCUCUCUUCUUCUCCCUUUGCCCCUCCCCAGCUUAUGCAUGCGUGCUUUCUCUCUCUCAAAAAAAGAUAAUGUGCAGUUGGGGUAAGGAUAGAUAAAUAAACAAAAGAAAUAGAGUACAGAGCCCAGAAACAGAGUUGUGCAUAUAUGAACACUUGAUUUAUAACAAAAGUAGCACUGCAUAACAGUGGGGGAGAGAAUGGGCUUUUCAAUAAAUGAUAUUGGUAUCUACAUUGGAUCCCAUCACACCAUACCAAAAUCUGUACCAGAUAGAUGCUACCCCUAAAUGUGAAAAGCAAAAUAAUAAAUAUAUUGGAGUCAUUAAUGCUGUCCACCUAGUAUUUUCUAGUUUACUUUCAGGUUCAUGUUAGUUAGGAUUGUAAUUCCUACCCCCUUGAACUAGAUAUAGCCAUAUAAUUUGCUUUGGCCAAUGUAAUGUGAUUAGAAGUGAUGUGUGCUUCCUUUAUAAUCUUUAAAAGCCAGUGAAUGAUUCAUCCUGUUGUUUAUCCCACUGUCACGGCAACUGGCGAUGCUCUGGGUGGUGGCUACUCUGUCCCAGAGUGCUACUGGGUCCCAGUUUGAAAACAAGCCAACUCUGUGCUGGAUAAGCAAAACAAACAUGAACUAAAAUAAGCCUAAUGUUUUCAUAUGAUGAGAUUCUUGUAGUUGCUUGUUAUUGCAAUAUAACCUGGAUUAUCCUUACUGAAAGAGAAAUUGCUAUGAGGAAUGGGAUUUUUUGUGACAAAAAAAUAAAAUAUAUGUCAAUGGUUUAAGAGUUGAAGGUAAUAGCAAGAAAGCUGAUAUUGAAGGAUGAAAGGGAGAUCUAUGUUAUCUAAGGACAAAAUAUUUGUUAAGCUGUUGUCUGCAAUAAUUUAUAAGAUGAUAAGAUACCUAAUGAGAGGGUUGGAAAACAGAAUGUGUUGCCCGCUGUUGGCUGCAUUACACAAGGUAUUACAAGAGAAGAUGAACUCAGAGAAGAACUGACCAUUUUGUAGCAGGAAUAAACAACAACACGGUCUAGAAAUUUGGGGAGUUGAAGAGUUGGAAAGCGCAACUUCUCUCAACCACAAUUACUAAAAGAUAAAACUGAACAAGCUUUGAGUAACAUUAAACUCAGCCUUCUGAAAGAUGAAAUGAGAUUACCGUCUUGAUGUCAUUGUUAAAACCUCUGAAAAGACUUUGUGAAAGUACUUGUUUCAGAGUAAAGAUCAAACUAAGGGUGUGGUGUGCAGUAUAUCCCUUCAGUUGGACAAAAUGGUUGUGGAAAAGAGACUAAAAUUGUGGCUCUCACACUGAGGUCUGAUAAGCUUAAUUUACCUGCAAAUAAGUGGAAAGAGAGUCCUGGAAGCUAGAAAGCAAUGAUACAGAGAAAAUUUAAGAAGAAUGUCUAGAAAAGAGCUGUUGUUAGAGCUUUUGAAACAUGGAACUGACUGAACACCAAUAGAAAAAAGAAGUCUUACUAUAUUUUCAAGAGAGUUAUAGUAAAGAAACUAUGAAUCAGGAUAUUAGAAGUCUGUGACUCUUCAGAACUUGAAAUGACUCGGUAAGCAUAUAUUGAAAAAAAAAAGUAGGCUGUCAGAGAGCUGUGCGGCUCCCAAGGAGACAAGUAGUAUAAUGGAAAAGGAACAUCUUCCCAGAGCGUGGAGCCACAGGCCACAAAGAGCAAUGCACAAGGGAGAUCCUCCCAAGAAGUAGAA